AUGGCGAAUCUCGAGGUGAGCGGGGGUGAGGUUUCCUUUGCUAUCCCGGAGGAGGUAUCGCAUUCCUCCACCCCUCAUUAUGAAGACGACCAUGCAUAUCGUCAUUCCGACAUUGAUGCCAGGGAUCCAUCCCUUCCACUGCACCAUUUCUCGGCACGGACCCACGUAGCGGUGCUAGAAGAAACGGACGGCACCGCUGAGCGGCCUUUCUCGGACUCAAUUGAUAGAAUGAGUCAACCUCAAACUCCACUCUCGGGACCUGUGCAUGUGGAUUCUUCUUCCAGGACUAUUGGCUCGAAUGUCAGAAUAGGAGGAAUAGUCCAAGCUAGAGAGCCUGAUGGAAGAAGCAGUGGUCAUAGCGAGCUACAUCAUGCUGCUGAUUUUCAUUUGGAAGUGAAAAGUGGGUCAGCGCUGCCGGAGGAUGAUGGAAUGAAGACGCUGAGGGAAAAGAUUCACAAUAUUCGGGAUGCAAAAAUUUCUAAUGCGGAAAAGGCCAGGUUGAUACAUGCCCUUAUGACAGAGAAUUACAAUUCAUCUCUACACAAGAGGUAUAGCAAGUCACGUUCACCUACCAGCUGUCAUGAUCAAGAGCGGCCGUGGACACCGGUGUCAAGUAGUAAACGAUCUUCGGGUCCUUUUUCCAUGUCCCCUACUUCGCCCACGUCUGCUUCUUCACUCGGGUUUCCCUAUCAUCUCACUGAUGAUGAUCUACGACCAAGUUACGCGCCUCGACAUGACUCAUCAUCAGAUCUAUCUGGCGAGAGCAUCAUUUCGUUCCCAAAAGAAUCCGCAAACGAUGACGCGGUGGAAGAGGAGAAUCUCCAAUUAGGCUGUCAACAUUAUAAGAGGAAAGUAAAACUUCAAUGUUAUACAUGCAAGGCCUGGUACCCUUGCAGAUUUUGUCACGACCAAGAAGAAGAUCACGUUCUAAUUCGAAGAGCGACUCAAAACAUGCUCUGCAUGGUUUGUCGCACUCCGCAAGCGGCCGGGCUAUGGUGCAAAUCGUGCGGCAUCCAGGCCGCCUGCUACUACUGCUCGGUGUGCAAACUCUGGGAUAACGACAGCCAGAAAAGCAUUUACCACUGUAACGAUUGCGGGAUUUGUCGUAUCGGUCAAGGGAUCGGUAAGGAUUAUUAUCACUGCAAGACCUGCUCUGUCUGUAUACCAAUCUCUAUCCAGCAGACUCACAGAUGUAUCGAACGUUCAACCCAAUGUGACUGUCCAAUCUGUGGUGACUACAUGUUCACCUCUCCCGAGACGGUCAUAUUCAUGAAGUGCGGCCAUAGUAUCCACCAGAAGUGCUUUUCCCAAUAUUCAACAACAUCAUAUCGAUGUCCCAUUUGCAGCAAAACCAUUGCAAAUAUGGAAGCCCAUUUUAGAAGCCUAGAUCGUGCAAUCAAAGACCAGCCAAUGCCUCCAGAUUUUAUGGAUACAAGAGCACUAAUAUCAUGCAACGACUGUUCUGCGAAGUCCGCUGUCCAGUACCACUGGCUGGGGUUGAAAUGCGAAAUAUGUUACUCUUACAACACAACGCAAAUACAACUCCUCACUGCCAAUGAUAACAAUGAUGAGAAUACCCACCAUCGUGAAGCUAAUGAAAUCUGCAACAUAUCCCGUAACAUAACCGUACCAACUCGGAUGACCAGAUUGCCACCAAACUCCGACGAGAACCACACACCAACUGAAACUACAUUUCUUUCAACUAUGUCAAGCAAAGCUUCCAGGCCUACAUUUGGGAUAUUUGGCGAUGGAAAGGAUGAUGAUGAAGUAGUAUUGUUCGAAGACGAAAGCGAGAACACUGAUGGCUCUGAUUAUUCUAACAAUGAUGGACACCAGGAAGAUACAGAAGAUGAGGAUGAAGACGAUAUUGAUGAAAUUGACAUAUUCGGACAUCGGUGA